AAAACAAAAUAUAAACAAAACAUUUGUAAAUAUGAAUUUGAUAAUUUUGAUUUUGCUAUAUUUAGAUGAUAUUUCAUGAACCAAUCAUCUCUUGAUUUUGUGGCUUUUUUAAAAUGUAUGUGUAAUCAUCGCAUCAACCAAUUUUACGUUGAUAUAUAGGCUCCAUGGGAGUUAAAGGUCUUUGGACAUUGCUGGAACCAGUCGGUUACCCGAUCAGUUUGGAAAGUUUGGAGGGUAAAGUUAUCGCUGUUGAUAUAAGCAUUUGGAUAAAUCAAUCGAUCAAAGGGAUUAGGGAUAAAAGAGGAAUUCUCGCUGAAAAUGCUCAUUUGCUUGGUUUAUUUAAUAGAAUAUGUAAAUUAUUGUUUUAUAAGAUAAAACCCGUUUUUGUCUUCGAUGGAGGUGCACCAGCUUUGAAAAGGCAAACAAUUGAAGAGCGACGAUUACGACGGGAAAAUAUCUUGGCUAAAGCCAAAAGUAAUGUCAACAAAGUGCUGCAGUCUUACCUAUCAGAUAAAUUCCAAAAGGAUAUAGAAUUUGAAGACGAUGAAGAGUUGACUGAUGUUGGAAUCGGACUAAAAGAAUGGACAAACAAAGAUGAGGGUAAUCUUUUUGUUUUACCUGAAAACUCUGUUGGUGAUAAAAAAACAGAUCAAGAGGAAGAGGAUUGGCAGGAGUUUGCAUUUGCUGCUCACCCUAAAUUUAAGAAACUUCAAGAUGAAGAAUUAAUUGACACCGAAUCCGAGGAUUUUAAAAGUCUACCACCAGAAAUCCGUCACGAAAUCUUGAGUGAAAUACGAGAAAAGAAAAAGAGAUUGAACAAGGUCGAGGACAUUCCUAAAGAGACAGAUAAUUUCUCUAUCUAUCAAAUGAAAAGAAUUCUUGUUAGACGACAAAUUCAAGAGAAAAUGGAAGAACUACAAAAUGAAAUGAUUUCAAGUGUUUCAAGCAAAGCAACUAGUUUUGUGCCUGAAAAUUACAAUACCUAUGAGGGAAUAACAGCUCAAAGAGUAAUGUCUGAUGAUUCCACUCAUUUCAUUUAUAUGAACAAACGUAAGCUGGAAAAUGAUGGUGGUGCGCCUAAAUUAUUGAUGCCAAAGAGAAAAAAAGAAGAAUCUGAAAGAGAGUUACUUCCAAAAAAAGCCUACCGAGACAUUUGCUUUUCUGUUGAGGAUUUUGAUUAUGGAUUGAAGGAAGAAGCUGAAAAAGAAGGAUCAACUUCCCUUCGAGAUAAAAUAAAAAGUGAAAAACCAUUGGGUCCUACAAUCCGGAUAACUGAUUUGACAUCAAAACCAAAGCCUGCGAAUAUUACAAAGAAAUUGAAUGAUUUUGUAAUUCAAUCAGAGUCAAGUGAAAGUGGGAGUGAUAAUGACUUCAUUGAAGUCGAAACAAUCCAAGAUAGUGAUGGUGAAGAAAUUUCUGAUGAAAAAACCAUGCCUGUGCUCAACAAUAGCAUGGAAAGCUCUUCCUCAAUUGAACAUUCUGAGAUAAUUAAAAAAGAUAUCUUCCCUCAAAGAAAUAAAGUAUCAUCUACUGAAUCGUUCACUAAUUUCGAUGAACCAAUCGCAUCCACAUCCAAAGAGGCAGAUCGAAUAGAAUCUCAAAUCUUUAAUCCUUCAGCGCAACUUGAACCUGACUUGUUUAUUGAAAAAGAAGUUAAAUCUCACAAAAAGGAAGAAAAUGAGGAUGAUGAUAUUCAAUUUCUUUCAGAAUCAAAAGAUGAAACUGUUAUCACAAAAAGUCAUCAUUUUGCCGCCAUCGAUUCCCCUCCUGCUAAAAAUUCCAAUAAAAUUUUUCAUCAAUCUCCAGAAAAAAGAUUAGAAUCACCAUCAACUUCCAAAAAAUCUGAAUCUUUAACUCCGAAGAAAGCUGAUUCUGCAACUCCGAAAAAAUCUGAUUCUUCUACUCCAAAAAAGCCUAAACCUAUUACUCCGAAGAAACCUGACUCCGCUACUCCGAAAAAGACUGAACAUAUGACUCCGAAAAAAUUCACAUCUUUAACUCCGAAGAAACUUGAUUCUGUAACACCUAAAAAAGCGGAAUCUUUAACGCCAAACUCUAAGACAAAGACAACGAUUACACCCACCAAGCAAUCAGGGUCACUUUCUGACUCUCUUACUCCAAUCAAAGUUCUUAAAUCAUCUGAACGGACAGAUGAAAUGAAUGAACAAUUACGUGACAUAAAAAAGGCCGAAAGGCAAACUUCAACGGUUGCUCAAAACAUGAUCAGUGAGUGUCGAGAGUUGCUAUCAAUGUUUGGCAUACCUUAUGUAAUGUCACCAAUGGAAGCUGAAGCCCAAUGUGCUGCUCUUGAGAUUCAAGGGUUGACCAAUGGGACGAUAACAGAUGAUAGUGACAUUUGGCUUUUUGGUGGUAAAACAGUUUUUAAAAAUUUUUUUAAUCAAAGUAAAUUUGUUGAAAUGUACGCAAUCAAAGAUAUUGAGCAAAAACUGAAAUUAAAUCGUGUUACAAUGAUUUGUGUAGCCAUGUUAACUGGAUGUGAUUAUACGGAUGGAGUGGAAAGUGUUGGACCAGUGAAAGCUCUUGAAAUUUUAAGUGAAUUCCCCGGUGAAGGACUUGAGCGAUUGAAAUCAUUCAAAGAUUGGUGGAACAAGAAGAAGAAAGGAAAUGAUAAAUCGCCUGGAAACAAACAAAGAGCUCAGUUUUUGAAACUGAAUUUGAGCGAGAAUUUUCCCAGUGAAUUAGUCUUCAAAGCAUUUAUGUCACCCAUUGUAAUGGAAUCGGGCGAAAAAUUUUCUUGGGGAAUGCCUGAUCUCGAUCUUCUCCGCCGAUUUGCUGGUGAAAAAAUGAGGUGGUCAAGAGAAAAAAUUGAUUCUACUUUGACACCAAUAAUUAAGAACUUGAAUCAGAAACAGAACCAGCUUCGAAUUGAUCAAUUUAUUAAACUUCGAACUAACAACAACAAAGUAGUUUAUUCAUCGAAACGACUAGCCAACGCUGUAAACAAAAUAUCUGGAUCUAAUGAAUCGUCAGAAGUCGUUGCUGGUGGUUCUGGUAACCCUGGUCUUAGUAAACUUCGAGAGAAAGUCAAAAAUCAGAGAAAGAAAGGUAGAGUAACCAAUCAACAAACUAAACGAAAAACUGGAAAACCUGGAAAAUCUGGAAAAACUGUAGAUAAAACUGUAAUUGAAAAAGAGACUAUUGAAUUGUCCGAAUCAAGCUCCGGUCCUGAUUGAGGAGUUGGUCGCUUUUAACUCUCAACGAUUAUAAAAAUAUUGUUCAUCAAAGAAAUGUGCCUCUGCUGAAGUAUU